CCGGCCCUGCUGCUGCUGCUGCUGCUGCUUUUCCCCUCACGGCGCCGCUGCUUGCCGGGAUGGCGUCCGACUCCGACACCGAGGAGCUCUUCUACGACGCGGCCGAGGAUGUCGCCCACCACGGAGGGACCCCAUCGCCGUCGCCUACCAAAGUUGGGCUGCCAGUACCGAAGGAACUGGUCAGUGAUCCCCAGGCAGGAGAGAGUGAGCCACGCACACUAGACGUCAAGCAAGAAGACCCCAAAGAGAUCAUUGACAAUAUUAUAGAAGAAAGCCAAAAGGCGCAUCGGUCGGAGGACGAUCCUUUGGGCCCGCCUGGAAAGGAGCUGACCACCCCCUCGCCGCACGCCAACGCUUGGAUUCCCGGAGCAGACCUCCUCCAGCACAUUCCCGAACUGUUGGUUGCGGAAGCCACGCUGCAAGGGCAGGAUGAGGCCCCGUCAGGCCAGGCGCUGCCUGUGGCAAAUGGGAUGGAAUCUGGGCAAGCCUUGCUCCCUUGUGGGGAGGAUGGCGACGCCCUGGAGCGCCGAGAAAAGGACGCUGUUGCUGUCUCGACCGAAACCGCAAGCGAGACCCAAGAGCUGAAGCCGGCGGAAGGCGACAGGCCAGGAGAGGGGUUGAAGAGCGAGGGAGCAGCCGACGUGAGGCUGGCGGAUGCCUCGGACCAGGCACCCUCCUCGGACGGCUUGCCCGCCAAAGAUUUCUCAACAGGCGACGAGAUGGCCCCAGCCAAGCCUCCGCGGCAGCUCACGGCAGAGCCCGACAUCGUCGCCAGCACAAAGAAAUCCGGCCCUACCAGGCCCCCGCUUCCGGCCAGCGGCCCGCCUCCCAGGCCUCCGCCCCCUGCCCGGCCCGCUCCCCCCCCACGGAAGAAGAAGAGCGACUUAGAAAUGGAGACGCAAAAAAUACCUGGUUUGGAAGUUCCUUUCUCGACCGGCGGGCUCUUGCCUCCCAACGCGUCGCUGGAAUCGAUGGGCAAAGAUGGCCAGCCCUUUUUGGAUCUGGCAAGCGCAACUAGCGGAGACAAAAUCGUAACUGCACAGGAAAACGGGAAAACAGCCGAUGGGCAGAUGAUCACGAGUGAAGCGAUUGGUCCUCAGAGACCCAGGUCUAAUUCUGGCAGAGAACUCACGGACGAGGAAAUCCUGGCCAGCGUCAUGAUCAAGAACCUCGACACAGGAGAGGAAAUCCCCUUGAGUUUGGCUGAGGAGAAGCUGCCCACCGGUAUCAACCCCCUGACGCUGCACAUCAUGCGGCGGACGAAGGAAUAUGUCAGUAAUGAUGGGGCGCAGUCAGAUGAUGAAGACAAAAUGCAGUCUCAGCAAAGCGACACAGACGGCGGGCGCUUGAAGCAGAAAACGACUCAGUUUAAAAAAUUCUUUGGCAGUAAAGUCAGGAAGGCGAGGCACCUGGCCGAAGAGUAUGGCGAGCGCGCCGUCAAUAAAGUGAAGAGCGUUCGAGAUGAAGUCUUCCAUAUUGACCAAGAUGACCCCUCCUCGAGCGACGACGAAGGCAUGCCGUACACCAGGCCAGUGAAAUUCAAAGCGGCGCAUGGCUUCAAGGGGCCCUACGACUUUGAGCAAAUUAAAGUGGUUCAGGAUCUCAGUGGGGAGCACAUGGGGGCUGUUUGGACGAUGAAGUUUUCCCACUGCGGCAGGCUGCUCGCGUCCGCAGGUCAGGACAACGUGGUGAGAAUCUGGGUGCUGAAAAACGCUUUUGACUACUUCAAUAACAUGCGGAUGAAGUACAACACGGAAGGCCGCGUAUCUCCCUCCCCGUCUCAGGAGAGUCUGAAUUCCUCCAAGUCGGACAAUGAUGCAGGGGUUUGCAGCGGGACUGAUGAGGACCCCGACGAUAGAAGCACGCCCUUUCGCCAGCGCCCCUUCUGCAAAUACAAAGGACACACGGCAGAUCUCCUGGAUUUAUCCUGGUCGAAAAAUUACUUCCUGCUUUCUUCAUCCAUGGAUAAGACAGUCAGGCUCUGGCACAUAUCCAGGCGAGAGUGCCUGUGCUGUUUCCAGCACAUUGACUUUGUCACUGCUAUCGCCUUCCAUCCUAGGGACGACAGAUAUUUUUUAAGCGGCUCCCUGGAUGGAAAACUUCGACUCUGGAACAUUCCCGACAAAAAAGUGGCGCUGUGGAAUGAAGUGGAUGGGCAGACCAAGCUCAUCACAGCAGCAAACUUUUGCCAGAAUGGCAAAUACGCCGUGAUCGGCACCUAUGACGGCCGGUGUAUCUUCUAUGACACAGAGCACUUGAAGUAUCAUACGCAGAUACAUGUACGGUCGACUAGGGGACGGAAUCGAGUUGGAAGGAAGAUCACGGGGAUUGAGCCCUUGCCAGGAGAAAAUAAGAUCCUCGUGACAUCAAACGACUCCCGGAUCCGUCUGUACGACCUGCGAGAUUUGUCACUGUCUAUGAAAUACAAGGGCUAUGUCAACAGCAGCAGCCAGAUCAAAGCCAGUUUCAGCCAUGACUUCACGUACAUCGUCAGCGGCUCGGAAGAUAAAUACGUUUACAUUUGGAGCACCUACCACGACCUAAGCAAAUUCACUUCUGUACGGAGGGACCGCAAUGACUUCUGGGAGGGUGUCAAAGCACAUAACGCGGUAGUCACGUCGGCCAUUUUUGCCCCAAAUCCCAGCUUGAUGGUCUCAUCUGAAACGUCCGAAAAGCAAGAGCCCGAAAGCAAAGGUGAAGAUUCGGAAUCUGCAGAUCCCAUUCCUUCUGGAGCUUUGAAGACAGACCACACAGAAGUGCUUCUGUCAGCUGAUUUUACUGGAGCCAUCAAAGUCUUCAUUAACAAAAAGAAAAACGUCUCUUAAAUCAACGGUAACUUGACAGCGUCAUGAAAAUGGUACCUGGAUGUGAAUCAUGUGAUCAGUGAAGCAAAAGUAAAAUAUAGAGCUGGAGGCUGGCUUAAUUUUUAAACUUCUUUCAUUUAAAGCUGCUCCAUUAGGCCUCCUGGGACAGCAGCCUCCGGACUCUUUAAUUCCCCUGGCUUUUAGAAUAGAAAGGGAAGGGCGCAAGUAACAUUGCCAAGCGACUCCGCGUUGUGUUUUCCAAAUAAUUCUUUUGCUUGAAGAACUGUUGCCACGCGCAGGAUUCUGCAUGAAAAGGGCAAUGAGAUAUUCACAUAGGUAUGUGCCAUUUGGGGGUUAUAUGCAACAAACUGCACAAAAGUGACAGCUUACGUUAUCGAGUUGUGCCCAUGCUGGGGUAGGGAAGGAAUUUAAUUUAAGAACAAAUGCGGACUCUUCCCAGAAUCCCAUUUCCAGCAAAGUUGAUCCGGUUUUGAAUUUAUGUUAACAGAGCUAAAAUUGUGACUGGGUUCCUCACAUCCAUGAGCCCCCCCCCCCCCCCCGGGUCAUCCUACCUUGGUCAGAGUAGCAGCAGCCAUGUAUCAAUGUUUUCUAAUGUGGAUUUUUGUUGUCUUCUAAUUGUUGUGCACUCAAGAUUCCUUUCUUAAUAUAUAAUUAUUAUUAUUUUUGCACACUGGAGCACAAUAUUUCUAUGAAAGAGUCUCUCAUUCCUUAUUCACGGGCACUGGAUUAUGCUCACCUUAAAAUUAAGCGGCGUUAGGAACAAUUCUUUUACAACAAUGUAAAAUAAACUGUUUACAUAUUUUUUAAAGCAUUGUAGUUUAAAAUUGCGUUUUUGUUUUUUGUUCAGAGCUAACGGAAUUUAAAGGUCUUUGUAAAUAUUCGUAAAAUAUACCAAUGAAAUAACAUUUCGGGGUGUUGAAACUCACAAAAUGUUGUUGAUGGUUCCUGUUCCACAAGACAAAAGAUGUAUCAUUAAAAAUGGGUCACAUUGAAAGA